AUGCUCACCAAGGGGACGCAGAAGGAGACGGGGGGGAUUUUCACUGCGGCUCCAGUGCCUCUGUUUGUGUACGGGGCAGGGCAGGAGGCGGCGGGGUGUGGAGUGCAGCUCGCCUUCCAGGCCAACUUCACCUUCUCCCUCUCCCCUCAAUCCAGCCGUGUUGGCAACAAUGGCUUCGCCUUUGUUGUCUCGGCAACGGACCGGGUGGGGAGUGGAUCUGGUGUGGGGUAUGGUGGCAUGGACAGCCGGAGCAUGGCAGUUGAAUUCGACACCACACAGGACAAGAAGCACGGCGAUAUGAGCACCCCGCAUGUGGGGCUGAACAUUCAAGGCCAGGACCAAUCAAUAGCCGCUGUGAAGUCGCCGUUUGAGCUGAGCAACAGAAAGGCGUACACAGCGUGGGUGGACUAUGAGCCUGGGGAGCCCGGCACCAUCCAGGCUGGAGCAGAGCAGCCGGCGUUCUUCUUUGGCUUCGUGGCAUCCACCAAUGUGAAGCCCUUCCAGAUGCAUCUUAUCCUCAAAUCGGCAGUUCACACUGGUGCGAGUUGGGCGUAUGCGGUGGUGGCGAGUGUGGAGGCAGCGUACGGCAUUGCGCUGAGCAGUGAGGCGCCACGGCUGUCAGUGGACUCGCUCUUUGCAGCCAUGGGGCUCACCUCCCUCACUGCCAAGUGCAUGGCAGGCGGCUCUCCUGCCGCGGCCUUUGAAAAGCUUCUCACUCUGCCCUCUGGUGGACUCACAACCGACAGCAAGCCGAUAUUGAAGCACCCCAUUCAGGGAUUUGAGCGCACGCGGUUCAAGGGGUAUGUGGGGCUCAUGCUGGCGGUGCGGCGGCAGCCAGUGGUGGUUCACAUUGAAGCAUCUGCUGCAACAUUUGUACAAUAUGAUGGGACCUUCAAGUACCAGGAUCCUGACUGCUACACUGGCAACCUGGACCAUGCUGUACUCGUUGUUGGGUACCUCCUUUUCACAAACAAUGGCCGCCAAAGCACCACUUCUCCACCGUUCUGGAUCAUCCGCAACUCGUGGGGAGUGGAGUGGGGAGACAGGGGCCACAUGCGCAUGGACAUUCAGGGAGGGGAUGGCGUGUGUGGCAUCAACGUGCUGCCUGGCAUCUACCCCAUUGUCAAGAUUCCCAAGGAUCCAUGCGGCCAGAAGAGCUACAAGGGCAGUGGGGAUCUGCAGCCCAGCAUGAACCCGUGCGGUCGCUUCACUUGCCAGCCGAACACAAAGACCAACAGAAACACCUGCAACUGCACCAUUCCGAACGAAACCAAGCAGCCUUUUGUUGAAGUUCCGAAUGGGUCUGGCUCCAAUACGUGCGCAUAUGUUGAUGUGUGCGAUUCCUACUCUAGCAACCCCUGUGUCGUGGGGACAUGCAUCAAUGAUGGCAAGGGCGCCUACUCCUGCAUCUGCCCUCCCAACUACGUUGGCAGCAUAACCGUUGACAACCUCCCCACCUGCGACCCAGCCAACACCACAGUCUCCAUGUUGACAGUCACUGGCGCCAACUGGUGGUGCUCAGAUGUCUUCCCUGUGGCCGGCGUCUCCUUGGCUGGCUUCACGUCGCAAAACAUGGCCAUUGCAUGCAACCAGCCUUUGCCACAGGGCAAGGUGAUAACGUUGGGAGGCACUCCCACCACCUCCUGUACUGCAUUCUUCUAUGCCCUCAAAGGCGACACCUGCUCCUCUAUCAGCGUCCACCUGGGACUCGCAUCGAUGUACCUUGCCUCUCUCAAUCCCGGGUUGGACUGCUCUGAGCCCAUCAAGGCGGGCCGCUCUCUCUGCAUCGAGCGCAACGCCACCUUCACCUUCACCGUCCCUCGGUGCUUGCAGUACGGCAUGCUCUCAGCUCAGGACACGUGCGAGAGCCUGCUGCUGCAGAGCAUGGAUUCAAGUGGGGGUGGGUCCACAGGGGUUCAAUUGGUGACUGCAGCCAGCUGGACUGAGCUCUAUCGCAACAAUCCCGGCCUCAUCUGCCCCCGCACUAUCCCUGCCUCCAGUGCCACUGUUGCCAGUGAGGCCAGCACACAGGUUUGCCUCAAGUCAGACUACGAGUCCAUAGAUACUUACACUUGCAAGAUAGGCAGGCGUAAGGUGGUAUCACCUUUGCUCACCUGCCCAGUGACUCCUGGUGCUCGGAGGGGCCUUGAGCGUUUGCUAUUGAGACACCUCUAG